UGUUUUGCAAAAAAUUUUAAUAUAAGAAGUUUUUAAAAGAUAUUUGAGUUGUUGUUGUGUUGAAUUUGGUUUAAAGUGAAAGUUUUGAAAAAAUCAAUUAACAAAAUGCCUUCAAAGAAGAUAAUCAUAACUGAAUUCGACGCUUACACUGAGCGCAUAGAAUUUGGCGAUAAAUAUAUUGUUAACAAAGAGCCGGUGUUAAGGAAAGGACACUGGAGUGGAGGGUUGGCUUCAUUGUUGGCUUUCACUCAUUUGAAAGACAAAAAAGAGAAAACAAAUGUUUCUAAACAUCAGGAAAGAAGUUAUGAUAAAAUGAAAUUGAGUUUAAGUCACGAAAAUUCUGCGCUAAAUAAGAGCCUGAGUUCAGAGUCGAUAAGAAUUCCCAACAAAACACUGUUUAUUGACAAUCGGGUGGAUUCGCCGCGAAAAAUGUCCGCAAGUGGUAGUAUUGACACGUUUUCCGACGACCACAAGAGUGAUAUCGGGAGCGAACUGUCGUCCGUCGACACCCACUCGUUGGACGACUCGUCGAGUAUGUCUUCCUAUGAAAGCGAUUCACUUUCGGACUCCAAUGAGAGGCAAAACAACUCCGAAACCGUUCGCGUCGUUCAGCGUUUCGGUAAUGGCUUUCAGGACACGUGUCUCUUCCCAUUGGCUUUGACUUUGGAUUUCACGGAUUUGACUAAAGGAAAGACCACUUGGGAAACAAUCAACACUAAAGCAGAUCUGGCCCUCAAUAAGUGGUGUUCAUUGUAUUCGCGGAAAGUAAACCGUGUCCUUUCCAUUGCCACUGAUUAUGUCUGUCCCGACCCUUCCCUACAAAACAAAUUUCUAUUACAAUCAAAACGCAUCCAAAAGCCAUUGAAACGCUGGAACUCAUACGAGGACUUGUACGCACUGAAUCGGCCGACACAGUGCACCGAUAAUGCAUUAAAUCCGUUGGUCUUCACUGAAGACACACUCUUUGCUCGGCACGAGUUCAAUGAGUUUGAAAGUCAAGUAACAACUAAUGGGAAGAAACGAAAAGCGAGCGAAACAUCGGUGGACUCAUUGGAUAAGACCACUUAUGAGACCAUCGUUUUGCAGCCCAUCUCUAAUCCACAGUUCGUGAAGCGAGUGAACAGUUUAGUGCAAAAGAGACGGUUUGAGGCCAAGAGACUACUGGCGAACAUCAGAGCCAAUAGUCCCCAAUCGCUGGCCCUCUAUAUCACCGAAAUUGAUAAACAGUAUUACUUGAGACUCAAAGACUCGCAACUCUAUCACUGUAUGGCCGGAGAAUGUCGUGUAAAUCAGGUUGCCUGCAUUUUGAGAAAGUUAAGGAAUUGGCAGUCAUUGGUCACAAUUAUACGAGCGCUUCAAUCGCCCAAAAUAUACUUCAUGGAGGAGGCGUGGAUGACCACCAGGAAUCAAUUUCCCAUACAUUUCAACGAUUAUCUAAAACUGUGUCGAUUGGUUCGUCUCAACCAAACCUGUAUAAUAGGAUCCACUUUCGGUCCGAGUAUACCAACGCUGGCAUCGCUUGUCUCCAGAAUAAGCAUUCACUGUAUCGCCACUUGGGAUCUGUUGGAGCACAAGCGCCGGUGGACUGAACAGCCAUCCAUUGCUGGUUGGGUCGACAGCGAACUGAUCGGCCAAUUGGUUGAGUCCCAGAAACUGAGACAAAGACAAGAGGAGCGGUAUAUGUUGUCAUUAGACGACAGCCAGAAUACACUGUUGCCAUUCAACGAUCCGAUCCGUUUGAUUCACUACACAUCCCUUCCCAUCAAUUGGAGACAACAGGAUAUCAAAUAUAUAACGCAAACACAUCUGAAACCAAUAGUCAAGUGUUUUCAGUCUUCAUUUGAAAAGGAGAUUCAUUUCAUACGACAAUAUAAUAUACCAAACGCUCAGAAUUAGAAGAAAUGGUAUAUUCAUAGCAACAAAACACUAAAUUCAUUUAUUUUACACACAUUUUAAAGAUUUUAUCCAUAGUUUUAAAUUUCAAAUCUCUUUUUAAAAUUGAUAUAAUUUUUUCAUCAAAUUGUUAACUUUUAUUGUGAUAUUAGCUUUCUUUGAAGUAUUUAUUAUACGAUAUUGUAUGUCUUUACGACUGUAUUUAGCUAUCGAU